AUGGAGGAACCUGUGCUUGUCCCUAACUGCGAUGUCGUCGAGAACUCAGAGCUUGAAGUUGUCAACGGAGAGGAGGAAAGUAAGCUUGAGGAUUAUGGGACUUGUGUAGAUGUUAUAACCGAUAGAGUCAAUCAGGUGAGAAUCUCUUUCACUUUGCAUGAUUGCAUCUUCACUACCUUCUUGCUUUCGAUUAGAGGCUCUUACACAGCUAUAUUGGAAGUGCAGCUUGAGCAAAAAGUGGUGGAGGUUGAACAGUUUUACUCUACCAAAGAUGGAGCAGGUCACACAAACACUUCUAAGAGUAACUCCGGUGGGAAAAAAGUUGCUAUAUCUCAACCCUCCAGGUGUAGCUCUGCUGGGAAAGAGAAAACAAGAGGGAAACAUGUUUCUAGCCCUGAACUUAUGCGUCAAUUUGCUACAAUUAUUCGUCUGAUAGCUCAACAAAAAUGGGCGUGGCCGUUUCUGGAGCCUGUUGAUGUUGAAGGGCUUGGACUCGAUGAUUAUCAUACGGUUAUAGAGAAGCCAAUGGAUUUGGGAACUAUUAGAACUAAAAUGGAGGGUUCUGAGUAUAGCAAUGUCCGGGAGAUAUAUGCUGAUAUUAGGCUAGUUUUCAAGAACACAAUGAGAUAUAACGAAGAGAAACAUGAUGUUUACGUGAUGGCUGAAUCUCUGUUGGAGAAGUUUGAGGAGAAAUGGCUUACCAUAAUGCCUAAACUCGUCGAAGAGGAAAAGAAACAAGCAGAGGAAGAGGCUCAGGAUCGUGCGAGUAAGCAGCUUGCUGUGGAGGCUGCUCAAGCAGAGAAAGCUAGGGAUUUAAGCAACGAACUGUAUGAGAUCGAUCAGGAGCUUGAGAAACUUCGAGAGGUAGUGGUUCAGAAGUGCAGAAAGCUGUCUACUCAAGAAAAGAAGGGACUUUCUGCAGCUUAA